CUUUUUUGACAUGCCAGAAAAGUCAGAAAAAGUUGCCGAAAACCCGAACGUAAACCAAACUUAUUGAAUAAAUAAGCGAGGGUUUCUGUAUUUUGUUAAAUCGUGGAAAAAAAAAAUUCAAAAUGAUAAGUGUAUUAAAUACUAUCGAUACUGGGCACGAGGAUAUGAUACACGAUGCGGAAUUAGACUACUACGGGCUGAGAUUAGCGACGUGUUCGUCUGAUAAUUCAGUGAAAAUUUACGACAUCAAAAGCGGUACACAAACCCUUGCAGCCGACUUAAAGGGGCAUUUUGGACCUGUAUGGCAAGUAGCGUGGGCGCAUCCUAAAUUUGGCAAUCUACUGGCGUCCUGCUCAUAUGAUAGAAAAGUUAUCAUAUGGAAAGAGUUAGGAGAAUGGAGUAAACUAUAUGAAUACACGGGGCACGAGAGUUCAGUGAACGCAGUAGCGUGGGCGCCGGCCGAAUACGGCUUGAUACUAGCCUGUUGCAGCUCUGAUGGCUCUAUAUCCAUAUUAACCUACAAUCAAGACGGCAGUACGUGGGAUGUGAAGAAAGUCCCUGGUGCUCAUGCUAUUGGAGUUAAUUCUGUCAGUUGGUGCCCUGCAAUAUCCGCUGAUUUAAGUUUAGAUCCCCUCACUAAUAAAGAUGCCCCCAAAAGAUUAGUAACUGGUGGAUGUGAUAAUUUGAUCAAGAUUUGGAAGGAGCAAGGUGACCAAUGGAUAGAAGAGAAACGCUUGGAUAUGCACAUGGACUGGGUUAGAGACGUAGCCUGGGCCCCUUCGCUUGGAUUACAGAGAUCCAUGAUAGCUAGCUGUUCACAAGACAAAAGAGUAGUCAUAUGGUCGAGUGAUGAUAAUAUUUCAUGGACACCUACAAUACUUAACACUUUUGACGAUGUUGUGUGGAGCGUUAGCUGGUCGUUAACAGGAAAUAUAUUAGCAGUGUCAGGCGGAGACAACAAAGUCAGCCUAUGGAGAGAGAACGCUGAUGGACAAUGGCUAUGUAUAAGUGAAGUUGCCAAAGGAUUGGGACAGACAACCAAUGAUGAGAGGAGCACUCUCUAAUCUCUGCAAAUGAUAUGAUGCAUUCUUUAUUUUUAUUAUUCUGCUAUUAUGUUUAUGUUCUAUUCCAAUUAAUGUAAUAUAAAUAUUGAUUACUA